GACAUCGAACGCUUCACACAUCCAACGGAAACAGUAGCCACAGAGCAGCAGCAGAAUCAUGGACGAUAAGCACUCCACAGCGCCACCGGAAUACGACCAAACUUUUAGCCGUGCACUUCCCCAGCAGGUGGUUGUGCAGCAACCAGCUCCUGUCAUAAUGCAGGCGCCCAAUGUGCUGGGCGAUAGGCCGUCCAUGGCCACAUGCCCGAGCUGUGGUGUCCGCAGGAACACGGCCGUCACCUUUGAGCCCAGCACCAAGACGCAUCUGCUGGCGGUCGGCAUUUGCCUGUUGGGGGGCAUCUGCUGCUUCUGCAUUCCGUACUGCAACGACUCCUGCCAGACGGCCAAGCACACUUGCAGCAGCUGCGGUGCCUACGUGGGCUCCUACAAGAAUUAGCAGGGCCGCAAGAGGACUUUUAAUAUCUUUUUUUUCACUUGUGUUCUCACUGUAACAUAUGUACACAUAUGUAUGCAUGUUUUUAUGUACACAAAUAUAUAUUUUUGCACUUAAUUAUGAAUAAAAAUAUCUCAAGCUAGCCAGCAGCAUUCCAAUUCCAA